AGCCCAGACUCAUGAAUUAUUCAUGACUAGGCACCGAAGCGAGGCUGGCGAGAUUGCUGCACUAGGAGAGGCGAUCAUGUCGGACCGGGACAGUGGUGACGAGAUGGGGGCGAGUGCCCAGCAAAUACAAGAAUAUCAAGACUCUUUGAGUGAGAAAGGAACUCCCCUCCAAGAUACAGGUGUCCAAGAACUAGCCACAAAGACACUUCACAUCCAGUCCAAACGGUUUUACCUGGAUGUCAAACAGAACCGACGGGGCCGUUUUCUCAAAAUAGCCGAGGUCGGUGCUGGUGGCAACAAAAGCCGUUUAACACUUUCAAUGUCAACAGCAGCAGAAUUUCGUGAUCAUCUCACAGACUUCAGUGAGCAUUAUGCACAGCUAGGGCCAGCCAACCCUGACAACCCUCCCGAGGACGGACGCUUGAAGAGCGAGACCAUGGUCAAGGAGAACAGACGUUAUUACCUGGACCUUAAAGAGAACGCACGUGGCCGGUUUUUGAGGGUUAGCCAAACCGUCAACCGCGGACCACGGACACAGAUCGCCUUGCCAGCCCAGGGCUUGGUAGAGUUCAGAGAUGCGCUAACAGAAUUACUGGAUGAGUUCGGCACCGAUGACAUGAGUGCAGAACAACCAGAACUCCCUGAAGGUCGUCACAUGAGGGUGGAAAAUAAAAACUUCUACUUUGACAUUGGCAGCAACAACAGAGGUGUCUACAUGCGCAUAUCAGAGGUGAAGAGCACUUUUCGCACAUCAAUAACCAUUCCCGAAAAGUCAUGGGUACGUUUCCGAGACAUCUUCGGGGACUAUGUGGAAAAGAUGAAAGAAACACAACAAAGAAAAGAACAGCAGGACAGAAGUUCAGGAGACUGAGGAAGAAGGAAGCCUGUUCUGCAGACAUUUCCAACACUUCGUGCUGCCUGUCAGACUUGGACCUGCUCAAAGGAGUGGCUCGUGUUUUUUCAACUUCGUUUGUAAUUUGUUCCCAUCUGAAUCAGUAUUUCAUAUGGACAGUUAUCCCGUUCAUCAACUGAAGAGACGUAGAAGCAGUUUCCUGGUUUCUGUAGUGGUAAAUGUUGUACAAUAUUUUCCUACACAUUGUAAGUUCUGGCUUAGAGAUUUGGAAUGAAAGAUCAAAAUACAUUAUUCAAAAUAACAACCCGAAAGAAUGUGGUAUUUAAGAGUUGUGCACACCAACACAAAAUGUGUUUCAGUUGAAACUUGCACACUUAGCUUUGAUUAAAAACAACUACCAACUGUAGCUAUGGAUUUGAAUAUAUGUCGUUGCAUUGUUCCCAUAGCAACCCAUGGUGCUCAUAUAAAAUGACCUUUGACAUAAUUGGCUGAUUUUGCAAUGGUCUGUAGGAAGGUGACUAUAGAAAAGAGUUUGCUGUACUUGAGUGCACUGCUGUCUGUUUGUUUGGAGUUGCUAGGAAAAAGAGAGAGAAUGUAACAUGUCAAGCAUAUCUUCUCUAAUACGUGUAGGUGUUAAAUCUAUUUGUACUGAGUUUCUCUACUCUGCUUUGUCGGUGUUUAUUGUGUUGGUCAUGUGAGUAUGGAUCAUCUACUGGAGUCAAGGAUGCUGGUUUGGUACACCCCAAAACACAAUCCCUCCAUUGAAACACAGCAGCCACCUUUCACCAGUCGUUUUAACCUCUUCCUACUUAUGUAGCCUUUUAGCGCCACAUUUGUGUUGGCUGUAAGGUUAAGUAGCAGGGAGAUGGUAUUUAAAGAGUUAAGGACUGACUGUUUGUUCUAGCACAAAAGUUUUUCCGAUAUGACUGACAACGUCGGUCACAGACAGUCCUUACUGGAAUCUCAAAUCGGAAAAAAAAGUCGCAGAUUCCUUAGCUCUUAUUCUUGGAAGAAAAGACGAAAGCUAAAGAUUUGAGGUAAGACAACUCUGCCGUUUUGGAACGGAAGAUCAGCCUGUUUGCUGCCAUGACUCAUCAAGGUUUAUGAUGGUUCAUUUCCAGUUUUUCAUGAGGGGUGUUAGAGGGGAUGCCCAUGGCGCUGCAUGUAUUCACAGAAAGGAGGAGUCCAAAAGUUUGGCCAGUUUUGACCCAAUUAAAGAAAGAAAGAAAAAAAGAAAGUCCUGGUCAUAACAUAAGAUUAUCCACUGGCUAGUGAUAUAAGCAAGAAUGUUCUCAGUUUGGCAACUCCAGCCAAAAAGGCAUCGCCUCUGAGGUUUCGCCAAAAAUGCUAGCAUUUGGCCUGUCAUCUCAGAACAGCAUCAUGCCUGGAUUUUAAAGCUGUGGAUACUCUUGGUUAUGUGCAGUAUCAAAGCUGGUUUUGUUGUGGUUAUGUACAAUAUCAAGCCACUAUGUGCCACAAUGUUGUGGUCAUGCUUUUGACUAGCCUUGCCAAUCAAGACCCAACGAUUUGACUGUAACAUAAUGUAAAUGAAAGAUUCUUCAUAUGAAUGACAAUAUUGUUUGUCAAACAUUCCUCCACAGCUAAGCAUCGUUGAUACAUGUAAAAUACUGUAUGUUUAUCAAACAACUUUUUGUUGUUUAAAAAGUUUGAUUUUUAUUAGAUGAACUUCUGAAAGUGGUCACAAAUUUGAGUGUAUAAAGUUAAAGAUUCUGUUGAUUUGUCUGCAUGUAGUUUCUUUUGAGGAGACAGAUCUUCAUAAAUCAAAUGUAAUUUUUACAUAAAAGUAAUAUGUAUUACCAUCUUUUUUUAUGUGUUAUUUUCUUAAAUAUUUAUGCCAGUGCGUGUUCUAUGUAAACUUUUAGCACUUAAUUUCUGGAAGUUCGUGUAGCUAGCCUUGAUAAGAUUUUGUGAUGGUAGAUGUUUACCGGUCAGCAUGUUGUCAUUUUUUUUGUGAUGAAGUGCAAAGAAAACUUCCCACUACAAAACCCAUGCUGGUUUGGAUGUACUGAAUAUUUAGCUUGAUUUUUUCAUUGUAAGAAAAACAAUUCUUGUUUUGAUUAUUAUAUAGAUGGCGUCAGCACAGUUUUCACACCUUGACAACUUGCCUUGUGUUUGGAACAGCUUUGGUCACACAAUGACUCCUAGAAUCCAGAAGCGAAAUAUGUCAGCUUCUGUCGUUUGGUGCUGUCGGUAGCUUGCUGUUCUUCCAAAUCCUGCUUCGGUUUUUUGGUGCUCCAUACCCGCAGGUCUAUCUAAUCAUAUGGGAGGAUUGACAAGCUAGGAACUUGACUGUCAAAAUCACUCGUAAUUUGGUGCGGGCCUAUCGGAAACUUUUUGUGAUCUUUGCAUGACUGCAAUCUUUAUCAAGAUGUGGCUCUAUGCACCAAAUUCUUUGACCAAAAUACAGUAAGACGUAGGUAGCUUCAGUUUUAAGAAUGCCACCUGUCGAUUUUUGUCUGAUAGUGGUCCGUAAUCUGAACUUGCUACGAGGAUGACUGUGAUCUGUCUCUUACUGUUACUUACAAUUUUGUAUACCCUAUACUUCUUACUUGGUUGGUUGACUUGUGUAAGUGUGGUCCAAUGGUAUAUCAGUAGUAACAGGACGGGCAUUAGAAGGUGUUGUUGAAGACAUUGUUAAUGAGGAGACCAAAUACCGUGUACAGAUGUCAAAUUUUGUCCACACUUUUCAGUCAAUCACUUGCAGUGCAUCCAGUUUGAAGAGAAAAAAAAAAAAGAGAAGGUUUUGGUCCAGAAAAAAACUGAUGCUUGUUGAAUUGAGCAGUUUUCCAAGUCACUAGUAACCUGUGGUGCUGCGUUGUUGCAUUGAUUUGAAUCAGUGCAAUCAAAGUCAGCCUAUAUGUUCUUAUUACCACGUCGUACCAAAUAGUGAUUCGGACGGUUGCUGCUAGGUUGACCACUUUGGUCAUGGCAAACAUUUUCACAGCGUAAUAAUUUAUGGAAGUAAUUGAUUGAGUAGUAGUGAACAUUUUCUGAAUCUGGGGACAUUUUCAUUCUUUGUGUCCCUGCAAGUAUUACCAGUGGAACAGGUAUAAAAAACGUGUCCCUCACUGGAACUAGUUAACUGCCUUUUGCAACACAAAGAUGGACACUACGAUAGUGGUGUCCACCGGCCUUCUUUUGCCAGUGUCAACAUACCUUAACACUGUUGGAUGGACAUGUGGUUUCUGGAGACCAUUUGUUUUAGACAUUUUUGUGAAUGAGAGAUAAUUUCAUAAUAAAUAUGAAAAAAGGCUUCAAA